AGUCAAGUAACUUACAACCAAGCCAAAGGGGGUCGGACCUCACCUUCUUCAUCUUAAACCUCAUAAACAUCCUCCUUUCCUUUCCUCUCAUCUACAUACACCAAACACCAAACACCCACCUACAUACACACACCGCAGAGAAAAAAUAAAAAUAAAAAUGUCCCGCAAAGGCGUCGGCCUCGCAGCCUUCGACCGCUCGCGCCUCACCUCCAAACAGUUCGCCUCGCACGGCAACUCGCUCCGCUCCAGCGACGCCCAGGCCCUCGAGAACCAGCUGUCCGUCUUCCGCUCCCUCCUGCAGCAGUUCGCGCAGACGCACGCCAAGGACAUCCGCUCGGACCCCUCCUUCCGCGCGCAGUUCGCGCGCAUGUGCACCGCCAUCGGCGUCGACCCGCUCGCCUCCUCUUCCUCCAGCUCCGGAGGUGGCGGUGGCGGUGGCAGCGGCGGAAGCAGCCUGUGGGCGCAGCUGCUGGGCCGGACGGUCAACGACUUCUACUUCGAGCUCGCGGUGCGCGUCGUCGAGGUGUGCGGCGCGACGCGCGGGGAGAACGGGGGCCUGCUGGGCGUGCGCGAGGUGCGGGAGCGGCUGCAGCGGGGGCGGAUGGAGGGGUCGCCCGAGGUGAGCGAGGACGACGUGUUGCGGGCGGUGGGAACCUUGCAGCCCCUGGGCUCGGCGUACGCGGUCGUGCGGCUCGGCAACAAGGCGUACAUCCGCUCCAUACCCAAGGAGCUCAACACGGACCAGACCGCGGUGCUGGAGGCGGUGCAGCUGCUCGGCUACGUCGCCGUCAACAUGCUCAUGCUCAACCUGCGCUGGUCCCGCGCCCGCGCGCAGACCGCGCUUGACGACCUCCUUGGCGAGGGCAUGCUCUGGGUUGAUAAGCAGGCUGCUGAGUGGGAGUACUGGAGCCCCGGGUUCAUGUUGGAUGUUGACGGCGCUGUUGCGACUGGGGGGUGAUGAUAAAACAAACGAGCUUUAGGCCCAAGGAAUUCAUCGAUUAGUUCGAGAAGCCAAGCUGCAGGACAUGAACCACUACAGCCUAGCCUGUUGCCCAGUCGACCGAGAUCAGUAACUUAGGCACUCGGGAUAUUACGGAGAAAGAGUUAUCUUGAUAGGCAGAGAGGAAUGAGGAUAUUGGCCAUUAACUCGAGAAGGAAGUGGUUGCCAUCCCUCGAUUGUCCACUCUGCACACCCCCACGGCCACUAUCUAGCUACUUAUAUAACUAGUCGCAUACGCAGCGUUCACGCAACGUAAGAUGUCGAGGGCACUCGACCAGCUACGGCGCCACCGAGAACUCGGUAUUAGGUAUUCGGUCAAGGGUACGGAUAAGUUAUGGGUAAACAAUCAAUCACUCUAUCGUUGGGAGCCGUAUAAUAAAAAACACUCCUAACACCCACCUCGGCACUAUUCACCACAGCCAUUCAGACAGGCAGUGUACCUAAUCAAUAUCACAAUUCAUUAAAUUGAAGUAAUUAAUUAUACUUAUUGAACUAUCAAGAACACAUUACAUAUACGCUUCGUUUUUCAGUUUCCACCGAUGCAAAUGUUUCUUCUUUUU